GCCGGGAGCGGGCAGCGCCGCCAGCGGCCCUCCCGGAGCAUGCGCGGCCGCGUGCGCGCUAGGGGCCGGGGCUGGGGACGCGGCAGCGGCGGCGCCCGCCACGAUGGUUUAUAUUUCGAACGGACAAGUUUUAGAUAACCAGGCUCGGGCUCCUUGGCGUUUGUCAUCUAUAACAGAUUUCUUCUGGUCAAUAGCAGAUUUUGUGGUUCUGUUUUUCCAGAGCAUUAUUCAACCAGAUUUGAGAAGGAGAGGCUAUACAUCUUCCUCCUAUACAUAUAAUGACAGAAGAGGACCUCCAGGAUAUCCUCGCCGUAGGAUGGGUCGAAUAAAUCACUGGGGUGGAGGUCCCAGUCCACCACCAAUGGCUGGAGGUGGAUGAGGAAGGUAA